UGGUUACAAUUUGUUUGUAUUGUGAUUACAGGUAAGGGUAGAAUUGGGUAUAUCAAUUGCGAAAUUCAAGAACCAGAGAAAGAGUGCACACAGUAGAAGGUUUGGCAGGCAGAAAACUCAAUGGUGAUGGCUUGGCUAAUUAAUUCUAUGACUGAGGUCUGAGGAUAUAAGACAAACAUUUCUAUACUACAAGAUAGCCCAGGAGAUGUGGGAUGCCAUCUGUGACACAUACUCAGAUCUGGAAAAUGAAGCUUAGGUAUUUGAGUUGAGGUGCAAGCUGAAAGAGUUGAAGCAGGGUGAUCAAAACGUCACUCAGUAUUAUAACUCUUUGACUAAAAUAUGGCAAGAGUUAGACAUAUACUACGAUAUCGACUAGAAGCGUGGAGAUGACAGUAAGAAGUAUCGACGUCAGGUGGAAAAAGAACGGAUAUAUGACUUCCUAGCUAGCUUGAUAAAAGAACAAGAUGAGGUUCGAGGACGACUUGUUAGCACCAAGCCCUUACCAUCAAUCCGAGACAUGUUCGCAGAGGUUCGUCGAGAGGAAUGAAAGAGACAUGUGAUGCUUGGAACCAUGAAGACUGGUGGUUAUGAUGGAUCUGCUUUGAUGUCCAAAGCACCUGAAUUCAAUGACAGUAAAGAGAAAGGAGGCGAAGCUGGAGCAUUCUUUACUAGAGUACCUGGGAACAAUAAAAAAACAAUCGGUUCACAAAAAAAAAUAGAGACAAUGUUUGGUGACUAUUGCAAUAAGCAAAGACACACGAGGGAAAAUUGCUGGCAACUUCAUGGAAAACCAGGGAGACCAAAGGAUGCAGAAUUUACAAACAAUCAAGGAUCUCAACAAAAGUAUACAGAUCGAGGAGCAAAUCUGGUUGGCUGUCACAACCCUGGAAUUGAUGGAGACUCUGGUCAAGUCUCUGACUUAAAAGAUCAGAUUAACAAUCUCUACAAGAUGAUAAAUAGUAACAAUAAUCCUUUUUCAUCCUUAGCCCAGAAAGGAACUUUCUUCGGGAAAGAUGAUUGGCAAUGCUAAGGAAAGAGGAGGUCUCUAUGUGUUUGAAGAAAAAGAUAAUGGUGAUGAACAAGAACAUGAAUCUGGUUGUUGUUUUCCAAGUUCUACUGUGUCAAGUGUUCGUGUGAAAUCCGCAAGCUUACGGGAUCAUUGUACAAGUAAUAAAAUUUGUGAGUUAAGAA